UAUUGAACUGGACGCAGAGGUCUCUGUACAAGACUACCCACGUUUUCUUUCCUUCCACCAACAAGUCACCGAAGAUGUUGCCUUAAAGCUGGAGAAGAUUUGCUCAUCUUCAACUAGAUCCACCCAUCAAGAUUUCUUCUCCAUUGUCCCCCUUCUCAUUCAAGUCAUCAAAGACAUUUUCCAUAAAGAGAAUAGCGUAAUUGUGCAGAAUGGAUUAAAAGGACUGCCUAAAGAAAUCGUUAGCCAAUAUAAGUCUAAAGUUCGAGACUCUUUUCUAAAUAAAGACAUUUUAAGGCUCGUGUACGAAGUGUGUGGAGUUCUUGAGAGUUUGUGUCUCAACAAUUGCGGGAAGCAUUCAACCGAGGUGAUUGAAAAUUGGAGUAAAAGCCUGGGGAUUUGGAAUAUGUCUGAAUUCUUAAGAGAAUUUUUCCAGAGCCGCCAGGAUAUUAAAUUGCACAAGAGAUUACAGUUUUUUUCAUGCUCCCUGAGAAGAAUCUUGGCAGAUAUUCGUGAUAUAAAGGAAGUUGAAAUGCGUUACUUCUACGGUGUUUCGCUUGAUCUGAUCACGUUUGCAGCCUUUGAUUCAUCCAAACUGGUGAGAUUUGAGUUGACUGACUGUACUAAUUCCCUAGUGAACUGCUAUAGCGAGGGUAUCCAGUACGACAGGCCACAUGAUACCUUUUUUCAGCAGUUCGAGAUCAAAAAAGAGUCUGAAGAUGAGCUACAGAUUGAAGCAAUUGCGUUCGUCCACCUGGAUGGGCAAAUUCGCAGAGUUGGAGCAUUUGAAUCGGUGAUCGAAGUGCCUUCAUCAAAGUAUGAGGUACUCGCCAAGUGUCCACUUCCUGUAGCUGUCAAAACAGAGCUUACAGGCUCGGGAAAUCACCUUGUGGUGCUGUCUUCUACACGCAGGAAGACCAUGUCGGAGGCAUUGUGUGUACUCCAAAAUGAAUUGGGCGAUGAUGUUGUGGACGGGGCACAGGUUAAGAUCACAGAAUCUCACUUGAUGAUGUGUUGCUUUCCGGCGACAGUGGGAGUGGUUAGGCUGCGACUGCUGUACAAGUGGCGGUCAGAAGCAAUUUCUGUCGACAGCAAAGAUUUCGUGGCUAUUGGCGAACCAUCUGCUACAAAUGCUUCUACGUCAGCCUCAGAUUCAGGUACAACUGCAAGUAGUCCAUUGGAGGCUGAACUGGCUGCCCUUUCAAUUGCAAGCCGUCCAGGUGACAGAAAUGGAAACUUUGUGAUGGAUCCGUCGGCAGUCGAAAUGUUACAGAGACAUGCGCAUCAUCAAUAUGGCCACGUAGAGAUUCAUUUGCAUCAGACUAUCCAGAAAGGUCACGUGUGUGUGACUGGAAAGAACACCAGUCUCCACAUGGAAAUGCCUGAGACUGCUCAACGCUUCCUACAGGAGGGACUCUGCGCUCCUUCUCAAAAGAGUAUAACUGCUGGACCAAGUUCAAAUGAAGGAGAAGUUUCUGAGCCACAAAAGAACCAGUCAAUUGACAUGGAAGAAACAGAAGAUUAGAUAAGACGAACAAUCUGCAUACACUGAAUGAGUCAAAAUUUAAAAGAUUUCUGCACAUCAAAACAACGUGAUUGAGUUAAAGUGGGUAUUUCGGCGAUUUUCUUGUGUAGGUCAGAGAAAUGCAGAAUAACUCUCACAAUGAAAGCACAGAAGUUUAAUUUUAAUAAAGUAAGAUUACAUUCAAUGUGAAAAUGUCCGGGAUCUUUAUUUCAGACAAAUGGUUUUAAAUGAUAUUUUUAAAUUUGUUUUUUUUUUAAGUUGACUAGCCUGAGCACAUUUAAUGUGCGAAAACAUUUAUAUUUUUAUAGUAUAUUCAUUCAAUGGUAUAAUGUGACACAAAAAAUCGCACAUUGAUAAGUAUGUUUUUUUUUUAGUUCAACUUAUAUCUUCUGUAUAAAAAGUUUUUUAAUGUUUUUUAUUUAAUAGCUUGUCCAUAAAUGUAGCACGUUUCAAAAUUUUUUUUAGUACGUUCAGUAUCACAAUUUCCUCUACAUUGACAUGUAGGAUGAUUUCUAUUCGCUCCAAUUUACUCCAAUCCAAAUCGACUUACGUCCGAACGGCGAGCGGCAAACUUCUAAUCUCAAACCGCAGUUAGACGUUUGCGGUAAACGUGGAUCUAAAGGUCUCUAAUGUCUAAGUUUCGUCUAGCCACGAAUUUCUUGUGUUGACCCCGUCCUCACUAUGCCGAAGAAAUUUGAACUCGGUGUUUUCACUCUGAAAACGCAUCAAAUGAUUUCCUUCCACACUAUACGCCGCAGAAAUUUGAAAAUGCAACAAUCACCGGCGGCAGAAAAGCUUGCGUGCACCCUUGAGGGGCAGGGUCAAUCACAUGAUUAUCGCGACGUCGUUUUCGAAAAGCUCCUUUUUCAAUAUGCUUUCCGUCCACACGAAAACGAAAACCCGGCGUUCUCAAAUUCCUCCAGUUUGAAGAGUGUUUUCGAAAAACUCCGUUUUCCGUGGACAAUUUCUUCGGAUUAGCUAGUGUGGACGGUAGGCCUAACCGUAGAAAUAAAGCUACGUUUUCAAAUUUCUCCGUUGUAGUGUGGACGGGGCCCAUCGCUAUCUCUUGCUGGGCCUGAAUAGAAAAUUUAAAAUAAAGAACAUCAGACACAUCUGG